UCUGCGACUGUGUUCGCGCAGCGACAUGUCCGAGACCGCUCCUGCUCCCGCUGCUGAGGCAGCGCCUGCCGCUGCUCCGGCCCCCGCCGCCAAAGCUGCCGCCAAGAAGCCGAAGAAAGCAGCAGGCGGCUCCAAAGCCCGCAAGCCCGCGGGCCCCAGCGUCACCGAGCUGAUCACUAAGGCCGUGUCCGCCUCCAAGGAGCGCAAGGGGCUCUCGCUCGCCGCGCUCAAGAAGGCGCUGGCCGCCGGCGGCUACGAUGUGGAGAAGAACAACAGCCGCAUCAAGCUGGGACUCAAGAGCCUUGUCAGCAAGGGCACCCUGGUUCAGACCAAGGGCACCGGCGCUUCUGGCUCUUUCCGCCUUAGUAAGAAGCCUGGAGAAGUGAAGGAAAAACCUCUUAAGAAGCGGGCAGCCGCGGCCAAGCCGAAGAAGCCUGCGGCUAAAAAACCUGCCAGCGCUGCUAAGAAGCCCAAGAAGGUGGUGACAGCGAAGAAGAGCCCUAAAAAAGCCAAGAAGCCGGCGGCUGCUGCAACAAAGAAAGCAGCCAAAAGUCCAAAGAAGGUCACGAAGGCUGCCAAGCCUAAGAAAGCGGUGACAGCGAAGAGCCCGGCCAAAGCACAGACGGCAAAGCCCAAAGCGGCUAAGCCUAAGGCGCCCAAGCCCAAAGCAGCCAAGGCGAAGAAGGCAGCGGCCAAGAAGAAGUAAGCCCCUGUGGAAGAAAACUUGCUCCGCGCUUAAACCCAACGGCUCUUUUAAGAGCCACCCACAUUUUCUCAAAAAAAAAGCUGAAAUUA